GAAAUUAUCCGACACAAAACCCCACGUAGAUACAUUACUUACGCUAUGUUAUACUGCAUACCGGUAUUCAUCUGGAAAGAAAAUUAUUAAACCUCUUUUUCUACCGUGUCGUAGCAAUAAACAAUUACCUGGAUCCUUUAACCUUCUAUUCGAAAACAAUAAAUUAUUUUCAUCGAGUACCAGUUGAAAAGGCGUAUACAACGAAAUAAAAGGAGAGGAAAAUGGCUGUGAAAGGUCUUGUUGCUAGUAUAAUUCGCUUUUUGACGAAGCAAUUAGAGGAGGGAGAUAUAACCCCAGACUCCCGUGAAAGUCUUGAAGUGGCGAUUCAAUGUUUAGAGAGUGCCUACAAUGUCCAGGCAUCAGAUUCUCCACCGAAUUUUGAUCUAUUAAGUUCUUAUGAAACAUCGUUGGAGGCAUACAAUUUUCCACCUAGUCGCGAAGCAACUGCCGAGGAAAAAAGCGAGGCUGAAAGAUAUAAAAAUCAGGGUAAUUCUCUCAUGAAAGAGGAUAAAAUUCCAGGCGCUAUCGAAUUGUAUACCAGAGCAAUUGAAUUGGAUGGACGCAAUGCAGUUUACUACGGGAACCGUGCAGCAGCAUAUAGUAAAAUAGGAAAUCACCGGCGUGCUGUAAAAGAUUGCGAAACAGCGCUUAAAAUUGAUCCUACCUACAGCAAAGCCUACGGACGCCUCGGCUUGGCAUAUUCAAGUUUGGAAAAGCACAGGGAAGCGAAAGAAAGUUAUCAAAAAGCACUCGAAAUGGAGCCAGAUAAUGAGAGUUACAAGAAUAAUCUUCAGUUGGCUGAGGAGAAGUUGGCGCAACAGGGAGUCAGCAAUAUUGGACUUGGUGCUAACAAUCCAGGUUUUCCAAUGGAUUUGAGCAGUAUGCUCUCAAAUCCUGCACUCAUGAGCAUGGCUAGACACAUGUUGUCAAAUCCGGGGAUGCAGAAUAUGCUGGGGGAUCUUAUAAGUGAAAAUAUUGAGCAAGGAGGAAGAAUGGAGGCCCUAAUUGAAGCAGGACAGCAAUUGGUCCAGCAAAUGCAGUCCGCCAACCCUGAGCUCAUAGAAUCUCUCAGAAGACAGAUGGGUGGUGGACCAAAUGACCCCGAUCCACCUCAGCAGAAUUAAACUUCCAACAACUUGGAUGGUUGAUUUGUGGGCAAUCAAUCAUUAUUCAUAAUUGUCCCGUGAUAAUCGUCAGCGUGACUUUUCGUUCAACUGCAACAUUCUUCUCUUCAGUUUUCUUCAAUCCAUUUGAUUAUAAAUUAUAUUAUUAGUUUCUGUUCCUAAAUCAUGUUGUUUCUAGUGCUUAGGAGUUGACAUGUAUUCGAGCAUUAUUAUAAUAAACGGACAUCAAUGCGUAA